AUAAAAAAAGAGCUUAAAAUAUAAAGUAAAAAAAUAUGAUGGUAGCUUUGACAAUGGUACCAUAUCUGGGCACAGUUCGAUUCACACCUUUAACGAGUUCGUCACCUUACAAGCGCCAAAUAUCAACACCAGAUGCUCCAAUUUCGUUUCCAAGAAAUUGGGUUUCUUCAUCCAGGAGGCUUCUUCGAGCCUGGCCUCAAUCUUGUCUAGCUAGAGGGGCUGCCGGAGGAAAGUUACCUGCAGAACAAUCGGAGAUCAUUUUUGUAGGGACGGGAACCAGUGAAGGCGUUCCUCGAGUCAGCUGUCUAACUGAUCCCGUAAAGAAGUGCCCGGUGUGCACCAAAGCUGCGGUGCCCGGUAACAAAAACCGAAGGCUUAAUACAAGCGUACUUGUUUGUUAUUCUAAGCCUUCAGGAAGAUGCGCCAUUCUAAUUAGACCCGACAAACUUGACCCGAACCCGAUUACCCGAUCCAAUACCCGAUAUUAA